GGAGUGGGCGUGGUCAGGGCUGUUUGCUGAUAGCGUGUGGCUUAACGCGUCAUCUUCCGAUUCUACUUUUUAUCGCUGGAAAUGUCUCAAGCUGGUCACCAUUGUCUCUAUAAAAGACAAGGUGCAAAAUCAUAACAUUAAGACUCAAGAAUCUUUGAAAAAAUGCAGUGGCAGAGAGGCCAACAUGACGGUAGAAAAGGCGGAGAAGAGGAGUGAGCAGUUUUCCCUGCAGCUUGGUGACAUGAGCGCCCUCAGACGAGCGUGCAGAGUGGUGGCCAGGGUCAGUACGGGCAGGUCCUACCAGUUUGUGCUGCUCCUGGCCGGCUCCAUGGCCGUGGUGGCCUUUUACUACUUCGGCUCCGAGAAGCACAACUUCUCCAGCACCACCAAGAGGAUCAAGCAGACGCGGGCCAGCCACAACUCCAACAGGAACGACGCGGACCUGACGGCGGACUUCUCUCGGCCCGGGGAGGAGAGCAACGAGGUGGGCGCCGAGGAAAGGCACUACCACCUCCUUAUGAUGUUCACCAAAGUGGACAAGAGCCGCAGCCUGCAGGACAAGUUCAGGGUGGCCAUGUUGUCCAUGGUGAAGCACGCGCGCUUCUUGGAAGGAGAGAAGCUGCUGCUUCAUUUUGUCAGCGACCAGGCCAGUCGAGAGCUGGCGGAGAGGAUGCUCCAGGAGUUCCUCACAGAUGCCACGUUCAAGUAUGAGGUUGUGUUCCACGAUGUGGGGGCCCUCACCCGCAGCCUGGCCCCCAUCGUGGAAGCCAUGCAGAAACACUUCAGUGCCGGCUCUGGAGCUUACUACAGCGACGCCAUCUUCUUCCUGUCUGUCGCCAUGCACCGCAUCAUGCCUGAAGCUUUGACGCACAUGGUGCAGCUCGACCUGGACCUGAAGUACCGCACCAACAUCAGGGACCUCUUCCAGGAAUUUGACCACUUCGCAGCGGGGGCGGUCAUCGGCAUCGCCAGGGAGAUGCAGCCCGUGUACAGACACACCUUCUGGCAGUACCGCAAGGAGAACCCGGGUACACCAGUGGGUGAGCCGCCUCCUGAGGGUCAGCCGGGCUUCAACAGCGGUGUGAUGCUCCUGCACCUGGCGGCCAUGCGGGCGUCUCCUCUCUACAACCGCCUGCUGCAACCACACCAUGUGGGCAGACUGGCUGAGCACUACCACUUCAGGGGCCACCUGGGGGACCAGGACUUCUUCACCAUGGUGGGCAUGGAGCACCCACACCUCUUCUACUCGCUGCCUUGUGGCUGGAACCGACAACUCUGCACCUGGUGGAGGGAGCACGGCUACGCUGAGGUCUUCCACUUGUACUAUCGGUGUGACACACCCGUCUUUAUUUACCAUGGCAACUGUAACAGUGUCAUACCCAAUGAUUGAACACACCCGUCUUUAUUUACCAUGGCAACUGUAACAGUGUCAUACCCAAUGAUUGAACACACCCGUCUUUAUUUACCAUGGCAACUGUAACAGUGUCAUACCCCAUGAUUGAACACACCCGUCUUUAUUUACCACGGCAACUGUAACGGUGUCAUACCCCAUGAUUGAAUACACCCGUCUUUAUUUAGCAUGGCAACUGUAACAGUGAUUGAACACACCCGUCUUUAUUUACCACUGCAACUGUAACAGUGUCAUACCCGAUGAUUGAACACACCUGUCUUUUACCACGGCAACUGUAACAGUGUCAUACUUGAAGAUUGAACACACCCCUUUUUAUUUACCACGGCAACUGUAACAGUGUCAUACCCGAUGAUCAAACACACCCCUUUUUAUUUACCAUGGCAACUGUAACAGCGUCAUACCCCAUGUUUGAACACACCCCUGUUUAUUUACCACGGCAACUGUAACAGCGUCAUACCCCAUGAUUGAACACACCCGUCUUUAUUUACCACGGCAACUGUAACGGCGUCAUACCCCAUGAUUGAACACACCCGUCUUUAUUUACCACGGCAACUGUAACAGUGUCAUACCCGAUGAUUGAACACACCCGUCUUUAUUUACCACGGCAACUGUAACGGCGUCAUACCCCAUGAUUGAACACACCCGUCUUUGUUUACCACGGCAACUGUAACAGUGUCAUACCCCAUGAUUAAACACACCCGUCUUUAUUUACCACGGCAACUGUAACCGCGUCAUACCUGUAGAUUGAACACACCCCUUUUUAUUCACCAUGGCAACUGUAACAGCAUCAUACCUGAAGAUUGAACACACCCGUCUUUAUUUACCACGGCAACUGUAACGGCGUCAUACCCCAUGAUUGAACACACCCGUCUUUGUUUACCACGGCAACUGUAACAGUGUCAUACCCCAUGAUUAAACACACCCGUCUUUAUUUACCACGGCAACUGUAACCGCGUCAUACCUGUAGAUUGAACACACCCCUUUUUAUUCACCAUGGCAACUGUAACAGCGUCAUACCUGAAGAUUGAACACACCCCUUUUUAUUUACCAUGGCAACUGUAACAGUGUCAUACCCCAUGAUUGAACACACCCGUCUUUAUUUACCACGGCAACUGUAACAGUGUCAUACCCCAUGAUUGAACACACCCGUCUUUAUUUACCACGGCAACUGUAACCGCGUCAUACCUGUAGAUUGAACACACCCCUUUUUAUUUACCAUGGCAACUGUAACAGCAUCAUACCUGAAGAUUGAACACACCCCUUUUUAUUUACCAUGGCAACUGUAACAGUGUCAUACCCCAUGAUUGAACACACCCGUCUUUAUUUACCACGGCAACUGUAACGGCGUCAUACCCCAUGAUUGAGCACACCCGUCUUUAUUUACCACGGCAACUGUAACGGUGUCAUACCCGAUGAUUGAACACACCCGUCUUUAUUUACCACGGCAACUGUAACAGCGUCAUACUCCAUGAUUGAACACACCCGUCAUUAUUUAGCAUGGCAACUGUAACAGUGAUUGAACACACAGUUACCAAGGCAACUGUAACAGUGUCAUACCCGAUGAUUGAACACACCCGUCUUUUACCACGGCAACUGUAACAGUGUCAUACCCGAAGAUUGAACACACCCCUUUUUAUUUACCACGGCAACUGUAACAGUGUUAUACCCGAUGAUCAAACACACCCCUUUUUAUUUACCAUGGCAACUGUAACAGCGCCAUACCCCAUGAUUGAACACACCCCUUUUUAUUUACCGCAACAACUGUAACAGUGAUAUACCCCAUGUUUGAGCACACCCCUUUUUAUUCAGGGCACAAAACAGGAAGUACAUGUGCAACCCGCAGCACCUGCAGUCAGCGAACUUGUCCAAAAGAUGGCGCCACAGCACAAACAAUAACACACUCUGCUUGUGUUUAUUGAAAGCUAUUUUUGUUAUGGCCGUCAGCGAAGAAAACCCCAUAAAUUAGCUGCACCGUUUUCUAAGCCGCAGGGUGCAAAGCGUAGGAAAAAGGUCUCUUAUAGUCCAGAAUUUACAUGACGUGAAAAUCUCCCCUAACUUAUCCCAUUUGUUUGUGCAAAAGCAUUAUUAACUCGCGCUAACAACGUGCAUUCUGCAAGAGUCCGCAACGUGUCGUAGUUCCAGCAAACUGCUGCUAAUGUCGCUUGGCAGCAGGCGCCACCUUUCAAAGGCACACACACACUCGCACUCUGAUCUCAUGAAACAUCAAACCAGAAAAACGCACUUCUUGGGUUUGAUUCAAAACUUUAGAGGACAAACUUGAUGUAAAAUGAAUACACGACAUGAACGUAUGCACUUGUUCACAGCCUCUAGUGUUGAAGGCUGGAGCUGGAGUCUCACACACACACACACACACACACACACACACACACACACACACACACACACACACACACACACAAGAUGGUCUAAGUGUUUUGGCUCCAAAUGGAAAUCAUUGAAGGUAAAAAAAAAUCUUCCUGAUUGAUUGCACUUUACAAUCAUAGAAAUGUUGUUUUUACAAUAAUAGAAAUAAUGUUUUUUGUAAUAAUAGAAAUGUUUUUACAACAAUAAAAUCCUCUUUACAAUUAUAGAAAUAAUGUGUAUACAAUAAUAGAAAUAAUGUUUUUUGUAAUAAUAGAAAGGUUUUUACAAUAAUAAAAUCAUCUUUAUAAUAAUAAAAAUGAUGUUUUUACAAUAAUAAAAUCAUCUUUAUAAUAAUAAAAAUGAUGUUUUUACAACAAUAAAAUCAUCGUUACAAUAAUAUAAAUAAUGUGUAUACAGUAAUAAAAUACUCUUUACAAUAAUAUAAAUAAUGUGUAUACAAUAAUGAAAUCAUCUUCACAAUAAUGUUUUACAAUAAUAGAAAUCCUCUUCUUUGCAAUAAUACAAAUCUGUAAAAUCUGAUGUAUUCCACAAAUGAGCAUUAUUAAAAAAUGUGUGACCAGUUUAUUAAUUUCUCCGGUUAUCGAUUGUUGCUCUACGUGUUUUUAUUAUUUAUGUUUUGCAUGAAUUUGAACAAUUAAACGAUGCCUGAUCAUAUAUUCGUUAUUUCAACGUUUUCUUGAGAAACAAACUUUUACAAGC